AAAGACUUCUCUAAGAGCUCUUCUUUCUCUGUUAUACUUCUCUCUCUAAAGAGAGCCUCAAGUAUAGAAUAUUACUAACUUGGGCAUCAAAGUGUCUACCCCGAGGGACAACCCUUGGGUCGUCAUUCAUCAUGUCCCUGGUUCCAGGUCAUCAUUGCUUAGAUUCUUGGUUUCCAGGUCGCCAUUCCUCAGAUCCUUGGUUCCAGGUUGUCAUUCCUCAGAUCCCUAAUUCCAAGUCAUCACUCUCAGACCCUUGGUUCCAAGUCGUCAUUCCCGAGCUUCCUAGUUCUAGAUCAUCACUCUCAGCUCCCUUAAAUUCCAGGUCAUCACUCUCAGCUCCCUUAAAUUCCAGGUCAUCACUCUCAGCUCCCUUAGAUUCCAGGUCAUCACUCUCAGCUCCAUCUCAGAUUCCUAGUUCCAAGUUGUCACUUUUAGCUUCCUAGUUCUAGGUUGUAAUUCUCAGCUUACAAGUUGGAAAUCUCAAAUCAAGGUUCCCUAGCCAGAUUCCUGAAGAAUAAAUUAGACCUCACUAC